CUGGUUCUUACUAUCCUGGCAACGGUAAAGAGAAGUGACAGUUUCUACUGUGUGAGCUUGUCUGCUCCUCCUGUCUCGGUCUCUCAUAUAGCAUGAUGCAACUGUGGCUCCCCAGAGGCCCCUGGGUGGCAGCUGUGGUCCUGACACUGAUGGUGCUGAGUCCUCCCGUGGCUUUGGUCAGGGACCCCCGACCUUGGUUCAUGGCACAAGUUAAACACGAGUGUCAUUUCUACAAUGGGACACAGCGCGUGUGGCUUUUGGACAGAUACUUCUACAACCAAGAGGAAAACGUGCGCUUCGACAGUGACGUGGGCAAGUACCUUGCUGUGACCAAGCUGGGGCGGCUGGAGGCGGAGAACUGGAACAGUCGGAAGGAGCUCCUGGAGGACGCAAGGGCCGGGGUGGACACGUACUGCAGAUACAACUACCGAAUUUUGGAGAGUAUAACCGUGCAGCGGAGAGGUGAGAUGUGAG